UGGGAGUCGGGGAACAUGUGCUGCGUUCAAUGAGGAAGACGACAGCGAUGGGGAGCAGAGGAAUAGCUCGGAUAACUGUUGUGAUAGCGGUGUUAUCAUGGCUCCAAAUAUCUUACGCCCAGAAGGCAGUCAAGAAGGAAGCACUAGACUCUGGAACUGUCCAGAUGCUAAGCAAUAUUCUAGAAUCACUCGAUGCUUUUCGAAACGAUCGUCUGAAAGAUUUGGAAAAAAUCAGAAUUGCCACGCCACCUGGUAAUGGCACUAAAGUUACUCGAAUAGGAGAUAUCACAGAAACUCCCACCAACAGUUCUGUCUCAGAACAUAUUAAAGCUUUGAAAGAAGGCAUCAUGGGACACAAUCCCGUUAAGAAAACCUUUGGAUACAAGGUGACCGUUUAUACAUCUCCCAUCGGAGAAGAUGGUAAAGAUUCCAAUCCCGUUCUUGUGACACAAUACGUGGGUGGUGACAUGAAGCCAGAUUCGGCAUCCCGAAGAGCAGACGAAACAGACGAUCUUCAGGAAUCUGCCAACCAUCCAGACAGGCAGUUGGUCCACUCGAGUGAAAGCGCUCACCUCCCAGUCAAAUUGAGCAUCUCCUCUGUUGGUGGUGGUGACGGCGAAGAAUCUUCUUCCACAGGUGGCGCCACUGACCACAAUCGGAAGACGGAACAUUCGGCCUCCUCGGAGAAAGGCCACCAAAAUCAGCACAUCUUGCAUUCGAAUGUGGCGAAAGGGCACGAUCACGAGCGUCACUCCGCUAAGCAUGACGAACAUCACAAGGAGACGGAGAAGGAGAGUCACCGUCACGACACGCAGGCGCACGACAAGGGUGGUGCCACCCAGCAGGGGAUCAGGGAGAGAACGGAGAUUGAAUAUUAUGAGAGAGAGCACUUUUUGGACACCGAGUAUGACAAGGCUAAGAAGGGCCACGAGAACACGAAAGGCCUGAAAGAGCACGAGAGUCAUAAUGACCACGAUUCGCAUGAAGACAAGAAAAUUCACGCCAAAGACGACAGUCACAGUCACAGUCACAAGACAGACACGGGUGGCUCACUCGGAAAAGCAGUUGCUGCAGGAGAAGCAGCAGUCAUAGGUCACGAAGUCCAUCCUUACUACACGCCUCCCAUCGCAGUGGGCCACCCCCGUGCCAUUAAUAAGGAACAGACAGUGCACGAGGACUCACACGCACUGAAGGAAGACUCCGAGUCCUCCCGCCUCCACCAUAGCGAGGAAUCCAAGGGCCACAGGGAACACAACAGUGAGAGGGACCUUCACAGCGAACAGAAGGACUCAGGAUACCUGGAUAAGGACAAAGGACGUAGGAAGGAGGGAUACAGGGAGAGAGGAUACAAGAUAACAGCCGAAAGAGAGUAUUUCUUAAAUGAUGCUCAUCACGACAAAGGACAUGCCACCCACACAAGUGGCCAGAAACUGAAAGACCAGGAGGGUGCAGCUCACGGAUCGAAAGAAGGCGAGCGGGAUCGAGGAUUCACGAAGGAAGAGAAAAAAGAAGAAGCCCACGAUGCAGCUUACGACGCGAAAAAUCAGCACUACUACGAUGGGGAGGCCCAUUCAGAGGGGUUCUCCACCGAGAAGAAAGCUGCUUCCUCCAGCGGCGAGAAGCAACAGAAGGAAGAAGCAAUCGUUCCAUUGGCACCACCUGUUGUCAACUACGUAGAAGAGGACCCCCAUCCAGGCUCAUUGUAUCCUCUUCCAAUAGUUUAUUCUCCUUCCAACGAUGGUGCUCAAGCUGUGGUAGCCUAUCCUCCAGAAAAUCUUACACCCAUCCAUAAACCACAUAAUGAUCCAGAAGAAUCUGAAUACCAGAGCAAUGUCAGACAAAGUCACAGAGAGCAUAAAUCUGCAAAACAACAACCAUUAGGAGGUUAUGAUGAUGAACCGGAAGAACGCCCAUCUGUUGGAUAUGUUGGUCAUGCCACUUACAAAAGACGAAACCCUAACCCACUGGUAGCAAGUAUAAGGGAAAAUGUUAGGAAAGAUGUACACGCGGAACCACCAUCUUAUUCCAAAUCGGAAAGUGCAUCCAGCUCAAGCUCAGAAAAUUCUGUCCCAAGUUCAGAAAACUCUGUUCGUUUCCCUGAUGACAGUGAAGAUAAUAGAAAAGAUGAUGAGCAUGAUGAAAUAAUUUUUCCACAGGAAGAGGAAAAGGUUAUUCCAGAUUAUGCAAAAUAUCCCAAGGAACCUCCAAGAGGACACAGCGCAGAAAGAGUGUAUUACCCAAAGAAAACACAAAAUCAGCCAAUCUUGCAGAAAAAUCACCGCCCAAUUACUGAAAAAGAUCUUGUUUACUUAGAAGAGCCCAAGAGAGUUCGACCACAGCAAAACCAAAACUUAAAUCACAAUGUACACGCACGUCUUCCAGAUACCAGGAAAAACUUAGGUCAAACAGAUUCUAUGUCUUUAUAUGUCCAAGGAGCGCAGAAUGCUGAUAAAUUGGUCAGAAGUGCAUAUCCCCAAAUUCAAGGAAAUGGAAAUCCCAUUAGCGAGCUCAUUCAUGAGGUCAUCACAGGUUACACUCAACCUCAAGAACUUCAACGAUAUUCGCAGCCAUCACCAUCAAGGAACAACAAUGACAAUAUUGAAUUGGCUUAUGCUGAUUUGCAUCAUCUGUAUAAUCUGAAUCCUGGAUCUCAUGAUCAGCGCCAGCACAGAACUCAGCACUUGAGAGCACCUGAACAGCAUGCACGUGACCAAAAGAUUCUUUCUGCCCAGAAACAGAAGACGGGUAGGUACAUACCUCACCAGCAGAGUUCUUUAGAGCAACUACAGCAGAAUCAUGCUCAGAGGCCUGUGGUUCUGCUGCAGCAGUCACAACAACCCCAGCAACCACAGAUUCCAAGGACUAUAUCAGCUCUUGAGCAACUUCAACAACAAACAAAGCCACCGUUUAGUCCAGUAGUUCUACUGUCACGAGGACCUCCAGCCCAAAAACAAAAUCAGGCAGUAGAUAUUUGGUACACGCGCCAAAAGAAAUGAUUUCGGAUUGAACAGUUAUUUGUAACUGUAACUUGACUAAUUAAACUUGGAAUUGGAUGACUCACGAGUACAAAAAAGAUACUAGAUGUUUUUUAGGAGUAUGUGACUGUGGUGGUGCCUAAAAAUAAGAAAUAUGGACAGCAUUUCCAGUGGAAAUGUAAAAUUUUUAUAAUGUUUUCAUUCAUUUUUAGCAUUUUAAUACAUUUUGGGACCAUACAGAACAAGAAUUAGAGUGAUGUUUAACAGUUUACAUUAAAAGCAAUAUGUGAAUAAAUCUUAAAUAUGCAA